AUGGAAAGAUUAUUGUUAUGUUUUAUCAUUUUACCUAUUAUAUUUAUUGGUGGCUCAUGCAAAGAGAAGCCCGUAAUUAAACUUUCAGAUGGAAGUAUACAGGGUAUACGAGAAACUUCUGAUAGUGGAAAAUCAUACUACGCCUUUAGAUGAAAUUCCCUAUGCUGAACCACCAAUUCGGAAAAUUGAGAUUUUCGGAACCUAUUCCUCCUAAGAAAUGGAAAGGCAUCAAACAAACAGUAAAUAUUACGAAAAUAUGUUUGACCAAAUUACCACCACUAAUUCCACACGAACUUAAAUAUUACAAAGAUGACAAAAGAGAAAACGAAGACUGUUUGUAUCUGAAUGUAUUUACACCUCAACUUCCAAAUAAAGAUAAUGUUACUGGUUUUCCCGUUUAUGUAUUCAUAUACGGAGGAUUUUUUAUCUAUGGAAAUCCUACAGGAUAUGAUUUCCAUUAUCUCGUAGAUGAAGGUGUUGUGGUUGUUUCAUUUAACUACAGAAUGAAUAGUUUGGGAUUUUUAUCAACGGAAGAUAAUGUUAUCCCUGCAAACUUGGGCCUUAAAGAUCAGUUAAUGGUUCUUAAAUGGGUAAAUCAAAAUAUCGAACUAUUUGGUGGAGAUCCUACAAAAGUAACUUUGGGAGGUCACAGUGCAGGAGCAAUUUCUACUGGAUAUCACAUACUUAGUAAAAAAUCAAAAGGACUUUUCAGAUCAGCCAUAGUCCAAAGUGGUACGCCGCUAAUGAGUUUUAGUUACAUUGCCAAUCCCAGAAAAUUUGCAUUUAUGGCAGGAGAAAAAUUAAGUCGAGACUUUCAUUCUUCAGUGAAUACGUCACACGAUUUGCUGAAAUUGUUACAAAGUCUCCCCGGGAAAGAAGUAGCCCAAGUUCAAUUAGAGAAUUUGGAAGGUUUCGACUACAAGUUAUUUGGAUUCAGACCAACUUGGGCUCCUACUAAAGAAGAUCCAAACUAUGAGCAUGCAUUCUUAACAGAUGAUACAAUGCACGAAAGUUUUGAGAAGGGACAAUUCAAUCCAGUUUCAGUUAUGAUUGGAAUUACGGACGAAGAGUCAAAAGACUAUGAAAACUUUACUCAAGCUGGUCGGUUAGUGGAUAGCAAUUAUUCUUUAUUAAUAGAUCCUGCUGUACCUUUUAAAAAAGAAAAUAUUUUCCCUAUGGUUAAUGAAAUUAAAAAAAUAUAUUGCAAUACCAAUAGAUUUGCACAAAACGCAACAGGUAUGUCCAAGAUAUUAUCUGACAUACUUUACAAAAUUCCAACAGAGACAAAUGCUAAGCUUAUGUCUAAAUACACAGAUGUAUAUUUCUACCAAUUUGGGUAUUUGGGUCCAAUAAAUGGGAUAAAUUUUUGGAAACAAUUUAGUACAUAUGGACUUAAAGGACUUGGAAAUUGUGCUCACGGAGACGAACUACCGUUGCUAUAUGAUUUUAAUUCAAUUAGACCAGUGGAACCUCCCAACGAUUUGGACAUAUUAGUAAGAAAACGGUUGGUAAAGAUAUGGACCAAUUUUAUUAAAUACGGAAAUCCAACUCCCAAUGAAGAUCCUUUACUUCUAAACAUUACUUGGAAAAAGAUGACACCUGCGGAUAAUAAUUAUUUUAAUAUUGACGGUAAAUUGGCUUUAAAGAAAGAUAUUAAUUAUUUUAAUGAAUGGUUAGAAAAAGUUGAUCAGUAUUUCGAAAACCCUAGACGAUGGUUUUAA